AUGCGAUAUAGUCGGCUGGCAAAAAGCCAAGAAGAAGCCGACGAAUUAUCGUGCCUUUUGACACCAAUGACCGAUUCGGAGAUCGGAGGAAUCGAGGGAGCAUCCGACGACAUUUAUUUGUUGCCAUCGGUCGCCGCGUCGAGCACAUCUAGCACUUUCAGUAUGACACGGUUAGUUGAUUUUUUGGGUGGAUUUGAGGGGGGAGAUUGACCCGGGAAGCGGGCUUCUAGGGUAAAAAUUGAAGAUUUUGAGCUAUUUUUUUCAAAUUUACGUGAAAAAUGGGUUAUUUUGACAUCAAACAUCAUAUACUUUGAGAAUACACCGAAAAUACGUCAGCAAAGCUUUGCUAGCGCAUUUUUGGUGCAUUUUCAUGCUCUCUUUCUUGAUCAUAUUGAAAAUAGAUUAUUUUGACAUCAAACAUGAUCAGAAACAUUGCUGACGCAUUUUUGGUGCAACUCUGAACCAAGUCAUGUUUGGUGUCUAAUUGAAGCUCUGGACUCUGUGAAACCUAUUUUACACCUCAAAUCUUCUGCCAGCAAUGUUCUGUAGUUUUUUCUUUUCCCAAAUAAUUUUCCAAAAAUCAUUGAUUUUUCUCCUGUUUGCAAUUCAAAUUUUUUAAUGUUCUCUGCCACGAGAAUUUGGCAUUUUUCUCCCAAUUUUUCUAAUAUUUUCUCCUCGAUUCCUUCGAUUUUCAGCUGACAACUUUCUAUAUUUUUAGCUGAAAAUUCUUUCAAUUUUCUCGGCUAAUUUUGUCUCAUAAUAUAUUUCCAUGGAAACCUUCUCAUUUUCCGCCUUGUUUUUCAAGUUUUUUGUCUUUUUUUACUCCAAUUUUCUAUUAUUAUUAUUAGUAGGGAAACAUGUGGUUUUAUUUACACAUUUUAUUAUAUUGGUUUAGACUUUUUUGGCGCCAGAAAAUGAGGGUUUUAAGUGGGGAAAAUUAGGGUCAACAUUUUGUGCCACGUGGAUUUUUUCGGCACCAAAAAUCCACGUUUGAAAAUCAAAUGAAAAGCGGAAAAAUCCAAUUUUCAUUCAUUUUUUUUUCGAUAAUAAUGUUCUACUUUUUUGCCUAUUUCAAUUUCAUUUUUCUCUCUCCCCUCAAUUUUCGUGUCUCUGUGUCUCUCAAUUUCACAUACUCUCUCACUUCUAUUUCUACUUUUUCUCUACUUUUUUUCUGUGGUUAGUUUUUGUUGUUGUUUGACAGACAGUUAGUUGGUUAAUUCAACCUCGCUGUAUUUUUUUUUUCGAAAAAUUUUUGGCGCCAAAAAAUUGAAUUUGAAAUUCUGGAUAUUUAUCUGAAAAAUUGAAAUUUUCUGAAUUUUUACCUCCAAAUUUGAGGGUUUCCAAGAAGUUUCAGGUUCACUUGAAAGUUUUCAAUUUUUUUAUCUGAAAUUUCAACGUCGCAGUUUUUACUAAAAAAAAUUUUGGCGCCAAAUUUUGAAAAAAAGGAUUACAUAAAAAAAUUGUCAAAAAUCUACGAGGCGCCCAUUUAGAAUUUUUCUGAAACGUAUUUUUUGGCGGCAAAAAUUGAUAUUUAAAAAAUGCAAAAGCUUCGAUUUUUCCUGAUUUUUUGUAUUUCAAAAAUUGCCCAACCAAUAAUUUAUGUUUAAAAAUAUCAUUUCGACUUUCCUUCAAGUUCAAAAAUCUUGCCACGUGGCAUAUUUUGCUGGCAAAAUUCCAAUGUUUUUUGUUUUUUAUGUUGUUCUUCCUUCUCAUUUCCCUUUUCAAAACAUUGCAAAAAAUGCGUGGGCCUCUUAUCAAUUUUAUUUUCCCUUUUUUGUGAAAACACAGAAUUUGGGACAAGUCGAAAAUGAAAUGACUCAUUUCCCUAUUUUCGUCAUUUUAUUGCUUUUUCUUAUAGAAAAUAUUUGGAAAUUUUUGAAUUUUUUCAAGUUGGAAUUGAUUUUGAAACAUUAAAAGUUUCGAAAUUUGUUGAAUUCUUCGCGCAAAAAAACCCAAGUGUCUAAUUCUUUCUGAAUUUGUUUUGGCCCCAAAAUGUUUUCCACGUGGAUCUGAACACCUGCAAAAAAUAUCCACAUCCACAUCCACACACACACAGACAAAAAAACUCCACUUUUUUGUCCAAUUUUCGUUGUGUUUAUAUUUGUUUUCGGAAUUUUCGACACUUUUUGGUCGAAAAAUAGAUCAAAUAAAUAUUUGGGCGAAUUUAUUGAUUUUUUGAGAGAUUCUGAAUUUUGACGCCAAAAAUAGUCGAUUUUUUUAUUUUUACUAGACAGUACGAUUAAUAGUAAAUUAAUAGUGAAUUUUAUUCAAAUCUUCUCUUUUUUGGGAGAAAAAGGAGAAAGUUUUGUUGUAUGUUGCUUUUUAAUCCUCUCUCUUUCUCUCUACUUUUUCGCUUUUUGCAAAUUUUUGUAGACGAAAUUUGAAUUUUAUUGAUUUUUUUUGGGUGAAAUUUCAGAAGUUUGGGAGAAAGUUAGCUUAACUUCCCACGUGUGUAUUUUCUUUUUUGAAGAAGUUCUUCAGCUUAAAAUUUUUAGAGCUCAAAUUUCCGAUUUCUUAAAAGUUUUUAGGUUAAGCCUGGAAGUUGAGAAAAGUUUAAGCCCCAAGCUACUGAGGACACAUAGACACAGAAAUGCCUGUGCUCAACUCAAUAUAGGCCCAAUUUGCCACGUGGCAUCCGAAAACCCAACUAUAUACAAUCAUUUUUGUUUCAAUCCAUCAAAUCAAAAUAAAUACUUUUUUUUGUUGGUUAUUUUUCGACCAUCCGUGACCCGUUUUCAAGUGUGAUUCAUAUUCUCUUUUUCUUUUUUCUUUCCCUUUUUUCACACCCCGAUUUUUGUUUACUUUACCGUCUCUUUUCUCUCGUAUUUUUAGCGGAAAUUUGAGAUUUUCAGGAUUUUUGGGUCAUUUCUGACCAUUUUUCGUUGAAAAAAUUCGAAAGUUGUAUGUCUUUUUCUUUUUUUACUUGAAUUUCGAUCAUUUUUCUUCCAAAAACUCGAAUUUUCCAAGAUUUUCCCGCAUGGUUGAUUGAUUUUUUUGCACAUCGAAAAAAUCUCAUGUGAUGAGCAACAUCAGUGUGUCGUUUGUCAAGAAAAAUGGACACCAGCGAAAAAAUUCGACCACCAACAAUAAUAAUGAAGAAACAACAGGCAAUGAGGAUCAUGUGGCGGCGAUGAUUCGCGAAAAAACGCAGUCGCUUAAAUCGACUGCGACGCAUUUGUCGGCGGCGUCGGCUGCGGCAAAAGGCGGAUUUUUGUGAGUGGAACAGCAUUUUGAGAUCAAAAAUGGUGGUUUUCGGACUAUUUGGAGCAUUUUGAGUGUAAACAUGAGAAAGCUCGGAUUUUCUGAUAUUUUGAGUCUACAUAUUCUUUAGGAAGCUUGACUACAGUGUAGUCAAACUCUGAUCAGUUUGAGCUUAAACUUGGUGUUGUUUGGACUCGCCUAAAAAGAGCUUUGAAUUUGGAGCAUUCUAAUUUUGAGCUCAAAAUGCCAAAUUUUUAAAAGUAUCUAAAACAUCGUGAUUUUCCGAUCAUUUUGAGUCCAAAUUUGGUGAUUUUUGCAUUACUGUAAUCGAGUGAAAAAGAGCUAUUAUUUAAUUUGGAGCAUUUUUAGCCUAAACAUAAUUUAUGCGACUUGACUACAGUGUAGUCUAAUUUUGCUCGAAGUUCUGAUCAUUUUGAGCCUGAAAAUGUUAUUAAAAAAUAUACGUGAACGUGAUCUAGUUUUUUUUUUGAAAAAAAAGCCCCUCCACCUAACUCCACUUCUAAUUUUUUGACCUGUGCCAACUGUCCGGCCCAUUGAGCAGACCAGGUUUGACUACAGUACCCUCACCACCUUUCCUACAGUACUCUUCUUCAAUCUAAUUUUUUGCAGAUGUUGUCGAUCACUAUUCUCACGUCGUCGUGUUCUACAUUCUCGAACAGUUCGAGUUGGCUACGGUCCAAUUGGGCACGAUGCCAAUGUCUCGUUUUCGCCCAACACGGUGUGCAAUCAGAAAUAUAAUAUUUUCAGUUUUGUGCCAUUAGUAAGUUUGCAAUUAUUCUGGGACGAAUUAAUUUUUCUUCAAAUUUUCAGGUGCUGUUUCAACAAUUUAAAUUUUUCCUCAACUUAUAUUUUCUUCUAAUGGCUUGCUCACAAUUCAUUCCAGCCAUACAAAUUGGUGCUCCAAUUACAUAUUGGGGACCACUUGGAUUUGUUCUAACUAUCACUUUGAUUCGAGAAGCUUUCGAUGAUUUUGUGCGAUUUUUGCGGGACAAAGAAUUGAAUGGGGAAAAAUAUGAGAAAUUGACACGGGAUGGAACGAGAGUUGAGGUGAAAAGUAGCGAUAUUGAAGUUGGUGAUGUGAUUAUUAUGCAUAAGGAUCGACGAGUUCCCGCUGAUGUUGUUUUGUUGAGGUUUGUGCGGGAAAUGGUGGGAAAAUUGGAGGAGACGCAGACAGUCGCUGGUCUCGACACGCAGUGUAAACUUCAACGUGUGCAGACAAACUUCGACGAGAGUCUGCGUCUUCCUUGAAUUGCAAAAAAAUACAGUAGAAAAUUGAAUCUAGGAACUUGAUAAUCCGAUUUUUGAGCUAAAAUUUGAUGAAAAUCGGGAAAAAUGAGCCUAGAAGCUUGAAAAUAAAAUUUUUUGAACUAAGAAAAUCCACGUGGCACUUUACUCUGCAAUUUGAAUUUGACAACGAAAAAUUAAGGUGGCAAGUUCAUCAUUUUUAUUUAAAAUCAUUCUGAGCAGAUCUAUUUUGGCGCGAAAAAUUUUGAAAUUUCCAGUUCAACUUAAAAACAUUAAUUUUUUCAUAAAAGUUUUUACCAAAAUUCAUCGAAAAUCAUAAUUCCAGAAAUUCAAAGAGACUAACAUUUUUCAUUUUCAGAACCACUGACAAAUCAGGUGCCUGUUUUAUUCGAACCGAUCAACUCGAUGGCGAAACCGAUUGGAAACUUCGAAUUCCUGUUCCUCUAACUCAACAUCUACCAAAUGAGGCUGAAAUCAUGGAAUUAAAUUGUGAAAUUUAUGCCGAAAAACCACAAAAGGAUAUUCAUGCAUUUGUUGGAACACUCAAAAUCACACAAGAUGAUCAAGUUCAAGAUGGAAGUUUAAAUGUGGAAAAUGUUUUGUGGGCGAAUACGGUAGUCGCAUCAGGAACUGCUGUUGGAAUUGUUGUAUAUACUGGAAGAGAAACAAGAAGUGUUAUGAAUACAACACUUCCCGAAAGUAAAGUUGGAUUAUUGGAUUUGGAAGUUAACAAUCUCACAAAGCUUUUGUUCCUUUUCGUUGUUUUGUUAUCUUCAGUUAUGGUUGUUAUGAAAGGAUUAGAUGGAUUAUGGUAUCGAUAUUUGAUGCGAUUCAUUUUAUUAUUCUCCUAUAUUAUUCCAAUUUCAUUGAGAGUUAAUUUGGAUAUGGCUAAACUGUUUUUUGCGUGGCAAAUUGGACGAGAUACUCAUAUUCCGGAUACGGUUGUUAGAUCUUCUACAAUUCCUGAAGAACUUGGAAGAAUUUCAUUUUUAUUAUCGGAUAAAACUGGAACGUUGACUAAAAAUGAGAUGCAUUUCAAGAAAAUCCACCUGGGAACAGUUGCAUUUAGUAGUGAUGCAUUCGAAGAAGUCGCGCAACAUGUGCAAAGUGCUUACGCGGGAAGAUUGGCCAAACAUAGUUUCUCUGCGAAAUUGCAAAAUGCGGUGGAAGCGAUUGCACUUUGUCACAAUGUUACACCGAUUUUUGAGAAUGGUGAGACUUCGUAUCAAGCAGCGAGUCCCGAUGAGGUGGCACUUGUGAAAUGGACUGAAACUGUUGGAGUGAGAUUGGCGAGUCGAGAUUUGCAUAGUAUUCAAUUGGCUGUGCAACAAUCAUCCGGACAGGUUAUCAAUAAACAAUUUACGAUUCUUCAUAUUUUUCCAUUUACAAGUGAAACUAAAAGAAUGGGAAUUAUUGUGAAAGAUGAGAUUACGGAUGAAGUUACACUUUUAAUGAAAGGAGCAGAUACUGUUAUGAGCACAAUGGUACAAUAUAAUGAUUGGUUAGAUGAAGAAUGUAGUAAUAUGGCGAGAGAAGGAUUGAGAACACUUGUUGUUGCUAGAAAACCAUUGUCACCACAAGAAUUGGAGGCUUUUGAUCGAGCUUAUCAUGCGGCGAAAAUGUCGAUUUCUGAUAGAAGUGCGAAUAUGGCGAAUGUGGUUAAUCGAAUGUUGGAGAAAGAUUUGCAAUUAUUAUGCUUAACUGGUGUAGAAGAUCGAUUGCAAGAUCAAGUUACCACAUCUCUCGAAUCACUUCGAAACGCGGGAAUCAAGAUUUGGAUGCUGACUGGAGAUAAACUUGAGACAGCGAUUUGUAUCGCGAAAUCAUCUGGACUUUUCGCGAGAUCGGAUAAUAUUCAUGUUUUCGGAAAUGUGCAUAAUCGAACUGAUGCGCAUAAUGAGCUUAAUAAUUUGAGAAGGAAAACUGAUGUUGCUCUAGUUAUGCCUGGAUCUGCGUUGAAUGUUUGUUUGCAAUAUUAUGAGGCAGAAGUUGCGGAACUGGUAUGCGCAUGUACUGCUGUGGUUUGUUGUCGAUGUUCGCCGGAACAAAAGGCACAAAUUGUGCAGUUGUUGAGAAAGGUGAGAAUUGAAUUGGGGAAGGGGGUGGGGUGUUAGCGAUGGGGCGCGCUUGGAAAAUUUUGAACUCCAAAAUCAAUGGAUUUUCGCCAGUUUAUCAAUAGAGAGCAUUUGUGAUCUCAAACACCUAAUUUUUGAAAUUACAAAUGCGCUCUAGUGAUAAAUUUUCAGCUUUCUAAAUAUUUAUCAAUUGAGCGCACUUUAGAAAAAAAUUAUUGGGAAAAUUUUUUGAAUUUCAAAAUAAAUAUAUUUUUCGCCAGUUUAUCUGUAGAGCGCAUUUGCAAUCUCAAAAUCUCAUGGCUUUUAAAAAUUCAAAAAAAAUCCUAUUAUUACAAAUGCGCUCUAAUGAUAAAUCUAUUGUUUUCAAUUACAGUUUAAAUUUAGAUUUCGUGUUUCUCAAUAUCAAUUUUCAAACAAAUUUAAAAAAAAAUCAAUUUUCAUACCACCUAAAUAAUCCUAAUUUUUUGCAGUAUCGCGCACCUCUCCGCGUCGCUGCCAUUGGCGAUGGUGGAAACGAUGUUUCGAUGAUUCAAGCUGCUCACGCUGGAAUCGGAAUCGAUGCGAACGAAGGAAAACAAGCAUCGCUGGCUGCUGAUUUUUCGAUUACCCAAUUCUCGCAUGUUUGUAGAUUGUUAUUGGUUCAUGGACGGUUUUGUUAUAAAAGAUCGUGUGCGUUGUCGCAGUUUGUUAUGCAUCGGUAAGAAUCUGUUUAAGGGAUGGGAAUUUUAGUGCCGAAAAUUAUACGUUUCAAAAUUGUUUAAAUUGGAAUUUGAAAAGGCUAUUUUUGAUAUGUAUGAUCAAGAAAUUCAGAAAUUUUGAUUAAAAAUAUUGUGAAACGUAGAAUUUUCGGAAAAAUUAUUCCCGUUUUUGAUAUAAUUUCUCAAAAAAUAAAGAAUGGAAUAUAUAUAUUGCCUAAAAUUCUCGAAACCAAAAACUAAAUAGUUCUCCUCAUUUUUCCAGUGGACUUAUCAUCUCAACAAUGCAAGCCAUUUUUUCGUGUGUAUUUUAUUUUGCAUCUGUUUCGCUUUAUCAAGGAGUUUUGAUGGUGGCGUGAGUUUUUUGGGGGAUUUGGGAAUUAGGGUCAUGAUCUAGGCUUCCGGGCCGAGAUCUGGGGUUUUAGGCCGCCAGGCCUAAUUAUUAGCUUGAUUUGGAUCUGUUUUAGUUUAGAAAUUCGGAUUUAGAAUUUUCAAAGAAUUUUUGGGGCUUCUGGGAUAAUUUUAACAUAAGCUAUAUUUCAAUAUUCAUAAUUUUUUAAAAAACAUUUUCUAGCUUUGUCGAAUUUUUCUGACUGAUUUUAUGAGUUUUAGGCAGUUUUCUAUGCGUCCUCAAUUUAUUUUCCACACAAAAUUACCCCGAAAUCUUCAAAACCUCUCAUUUUUUCCAGAUAUUCCACAUGCUACACAAUGCUACCUGUAUUUUCUCUAGUCGUUGAUCGUGACGUCACAGCUGCCAGUGCUCUUCGAUAUCCGGAAUUGUAUAAAGAAUUGGGAAAAGGAAGAUCGCUGUCAUAUAAGACGUUUUUUAUUUGGGUAUUGAUUUCGCUUUAUCAAGGUGAGCAUUUUGGUCUGCAAAUGAAGGUUUCUUCAUGAUUUUCCACCAAAAACCAUGUUUGCAGGAGCUGUUAUAAUGUAUGGUGCACUUUUGGUAUUUGACGCCGAUUUCAUUCACGUCGUUUCGAUUUCGUUUUCUGCUUUAAUUGUCACCGAAUUGAUUAUGGUUGCGAUGACAGUGCACACGUGGCAUUGGGCAAUGUUAUUAGCGCAGGUUUGUGAGAAAGGGUUUUUCGAGGGAAAAAAUAAGCCUAGUUUUGGGAUAAAAUGGGGGUUUUCAGGUCUGGAAAGCCUGGUUUUUUAGCUAAAAUUUUUGAAAACUAUCGAAAAUUUAGCACCAAAAAAUUCCAAUAUUUCCAAAAAAAAUUCGAUCAAUUUUUCACUAUUUCAAAAAUAUAUCAAAAAUUUACUCGAUUUUUCAAAAAUUGAUCUAUCGCUUGUUUUUCGCCAAAAAAACUCAUAUUUUUAAAAUUGAACUAAAAAAAAAUUCCAAAGGCCAUCGAAUCAAAUCUCCGUUUUCCAGGCGCUUUCAAUUUGUCUCUACAUGAUUUCAUUGGUCGUUUUCGAUCAAUAUUUUGAUCGUCAAUUUGUUUUGUCAUGGGUGUUUAUUUCGAAAACGACUGCAAUCACUGCAAUCUCAUGUCUACCACUUUAUAUUAUCAAAGCACUUCGUCGAAAAUUCUCGCCGCCAAGUUAUGCAAAAGUCAACUAA